AUGGUCACCGAAAAGUCACCUAUCAUAGCGCCUGGUCAGAAGGGUAUCCGAAAACCAACACCAGAUAUCGAAGGUCACUCGCCCGCCACCUACAAACAACCUCGCGGGGGCAGUCUCGGAUGCUUUAUGAGAGGUGCUCUGAGCUUCCUGCUUAUCCUCCAUGAACAGACCACCGGCGUGGCAGCCCAGAGCUUCGACCCAACUCGUCUACCUACAACGUUGGUCUCAAAGGCUCCCGUUGUGAGUCCCACUUGGAAAUCUCCUCCUGCUGUUACUCCUACGUCGAAGCCGCCUCCCGUUGUCGGCCCGACAUCGAUCGCUUCCUCUGUCCCUAUACCCCGUAGCUCUAAUAUAAAGGGCACUUCGAAUCCAACCUCGACCCCGCCAAACCCGACCCCUAUACCUCUCGUCAUCACCAACAGCUGCCCUGAUACGAUAUGGCCCGGAAUUGGUACGCAGAAUGGCAUCGGACCUGAAGUUGGCGGCUUCGAGCUUGCCCCUGGCGAGACGAAGCCACUGUUUGUCAGUCCUGACUGGCAAGGCAGAGUAUGGGGACGGACCAACUGCUCGUUCAACAACGACGGAACGGGGCCGAGCAACCUGAAUGGCGUGAAUGGAAAUGGAGCAGCUUGCAUGACUGGAGACUGCUUUGGCAGGCUUAACUGCGAGUUUACGGGCCAAGUCCCAGUAACCCUCGCCGAAUUCAAUUUGCUCGGCGGGAUAAACUCCGACCAGACCUUCUACGAUAUCUCCCUCGUAGACGGCUACAACCUGCCCCUCGGCAUCAUCUACAUCCCCGCCGCCAACACAACCUGGAUCCCCCCGAAUCUGACCAACUGCGUCUGCAUCGCCUCAGCCGGCUUUCUCGACCCGCCCUCUAGAUCAGGGCUCUAUUACACUAACAAGACCUUCCCCAUUCCCUGGGAAUCGGACCAAACCAACCCCUCGGUCGGCGGCUGGUGUCCCUGGGACCUGCAAGAAUACCCGCCCUCAAAGCCAGGCGACGGCAUUUACCCGUACCCGGACGACUCGAUCCAGCGCCCCGUCUUCGACCCGUGCCUGUCGGCCUGCGCGGCGACGGGGAAUCCCGAGGACUGCUGCACGGGCAAGUACGACGAUCCAAGCGUUUGUAUCCCGAGUCUGUACAGCGAGAACGCGAAGACGGUGUGUCCGGAUGCGUACAGCUAUGCGUUUGAUGACCAGACUAGCACAUUCAUUAUUCCCAAUGGAGGUGGGUGGGAGGUGGUGUUUUGUCCGAGGGGCAGAAGCACCAAUAUUCUGAGGAUCUUUGGGGAGGAGUUGAGAACGAUAGCCAGUGGUGGGGGACUAACAAGAGAGAUUUUGGAGAGGGUCCGGAAUCGGACAUAUAUCGAAAGUGCAAAUUCGAAGGGCUUGAGUGGCGCGGGGAUGGUACAGCGGCCUGGCGCUGCGGUUUUCGGUGUCGUGGCUUUGAUGUGGAUGUGGAUGGUGUUCUGGUGCUGAUGGUUUUC